AUAAUAACAUGGGUUUUGUUUUCCUCCCGUAUCGGACUCGUGACCUAUAAAUCAAAUAUAGUUAAACCCCUCGAUUAUCAUUAGAUUCAAAUCCGCCCCUUCAUCAUCACCAUCUCACUCAUGGACGGUGGAGCCGCAAACUACAAUCCUCGCACAGUCGAAGAAGUUUUUAGGGAUUUCAAAGGUCGCCGUGCCGGUUUAAUCAGAGCUCUCACCACCGAUGUUGAAGACUUUUACCAGCAGUGUGAUCCUGAAAAGGAGAAUUUGUGUCUGUACGGAUUUCCAAGUGAGCAAUGGGAAGUGAAUUUGCCUGCUGAAGAGGUGCCUCCGGAACUGCCAGAACCCGCGCUGGGAAUAAAUUUUGCGAGAGAUGGAAUGCAAGAGAAAGACUGGUUAUCUUUAGUUGCUGUUCAUAGUGAUGCUUGGUUGCUUGCUGUUUCCUUCUAUUUUGGUGCUCGAUUCGGUUUUGACAAAUCCGACAGGAAACGACUUUUCAAUAUGAUAAACGAUCUCCCAACAAUAUUCGAAGUUGUAAACGGUACUGCAAAGAACAACCCAAAGGAGAAAUCGUCAGUUUCGAAUCACAGCAGCACCAAAUCCAAAGCAAACGCAAAGCCACCGCCAGCAGAAGAAGAAGGCUUAGAUGAUGAGGAUGAAGAUGAAGAAGACGAGGAUGACGAACAUGGUGAAACUUUAUGUGGGUCAUGUGGGGAGAAUUAUGCAUCGGAUGAAUUCUGGAUAUGUUGUGAUAUAUGUGAGAAAUGGUUCCAUGGCAAAUGCGUAAAAAUCACACCAGCAAGAGCCGAGCAUAUCAAGCAAUACAAGUGUCCGUCCUGCAGCAACAAGAGAGCUCGACCUUGAUAACUACCGUGUUGAUAUAAAUACCGUGUUGUUAACUGUUAACUUGCUUGUGAAAAGUGAUGUUGGUUGCUUAAGCCUGAGUAUGCGUGAAUUUGAUCUCGGUUGGUGUAUAAUUAGUCAGCAGAUCAUGUUUGUUUGAUUCAACUAAAGAAUUUCGUAUUAUACUACAUUCAUGUUACUUUGUUAACUAGCAAAA